CGCCACAUCACCUUCCAGCUCCUCCUGCAAUGGCGGAUCCCAAACCGCUCAGCUUCCUCGACCUCGUCGAGCGCUGCGACAUCUUCCGUCCGGGCGCUCCUUCAAAGGACUUUGCUGAUGAGGAGCUUCUCCCUUUCCACCUAAACCCCGCGCCGGACAGUCCGAAAAUCGGCCUCCUGCGCCCAGUCAUUGUAGACGCGUUGUACAAGGAGAACGAGUCGAAGGGCGAGGGGCAGAAAUUAUGGGAGUUUUUAAGCUCCCCGAGGCGCGUAAGCUUGUCGCGCACGUUGGAUACUCCUGGAAAGCGGUCCGCGGCGUUGCGCGAGCUUGCUGAGCGGUGGCGCGACGAGGAGAAAUUCCCGGACGUCUGCGGCCCACGCAAGUGGCGAGGGGAGCUCUACCCCGUUUACGCAGACCCAUUCGCGCGACAUGAUUACCCUACACCAGAGCAAUGGGACGCGCCCGACUCUGGUUCUCUCAACUUCGUCUUCGACCUGGAGCGCUCCGCAUGUGCACUGUUUGGCAUAGUCACCUAUGGUGUGCAUAUGUCGGCCUUCGAAGAGAGCGCGGACGGCCAGCUCAGGAUUUGGGUGCCGACGCGUGCGAAGACGAAGCAGACCUGGCCUGGCUACCUAGAUAACACGGUCGCUGGUGGCAUUCCCAGCGGCAUGUCGGCGUGGGACUCGCUGGUAAAGGAGUGUAUGGAGGAAGCCAGCAUCGACGCGGAUGUAGUCAACCGCCUCUGUCGCUGUACAGGCGCUAUCAGCUACUUCUACAGAACGUCGACUGGAUGGCUUCAGCCAGAGGUUGAGUACACAUACGAUCUGCGCAUACCUACCGGCGCAGAUCCCAGUCUCUUUAAGCCCAAGCCUCUCGACGGCGAAGUCGAGUCUUUCGAAUUCCUCUCCCAAGACGAGGUCAUCACGAAGAUGCGCGCUGGCUUGUUCAAGUACAACUGCGCCACCGUCCUCAUUCACCUCUUCAUUCGACUGGGCUAUAUUACGCCAGAAAACUAUCCUGACUUCUUGCAAGUCGUUACGCGCUUACACGGGCGAUUCGACAUGCAGAGGUGGUAGCUGAGGUUGAAAGGCAAAGCUUGUCAUCGUAGAUCGCUAGUAGACAACAACUUCCACUGUGAAUUCAGUCUUAAAGUCCACGAUACAGUGAUCUCUGCAUCUGAACGUUGGGUACAAGUCUUGUACGCAGCUUCUCGGCCCGCGGACCGAUUGUCUGAUCUACCU